AAGAGGACGAGGAGGAGGUGGACAACGAAAUCUCAGGAAAAAAAAAAAAAAUCAAGAGGUGGCACCCCCCAUCCCACCAAGACCACCACCCGUGGACCGCAAAUUAACAGGGUUCAGCGGCUGAUAACUACAUCGAUCCGGAUCAGUGAGCUAAACUGAACAGUCUGGAUAAGAAGGAGCCAGUAGGGAUGGAACGUAACAGAACUGCGGACUGGGAAGCAUUUCGGACCAUCUUCACACAGCAUCAACACUGACCUGGCACCGGCACUGGCACCGAGGGCAGACCUCCUUCCCAAACCCCCCAACGAUUUCCCCCCUAGCAGACCCUGGGUUACACUGUCUCACCCUCCACCUCACCUCAACUACUCCGCUUUGGAGCCCUUAUCAAACCUUAAACUCCUCUUAGUCUUUGAAGGUCUGCCUGCUUUUGUUGUUCUUUGAGCAUUUAAUCCCCUACUUACCCUGUAAAUUCUAGAUUAUUGGUUGUAAUCCAUAUACAGACGAGAAGGACAGAGGUAUUUUCUGUUCUGCACCCUGUCUGGACCCAGUCAGACCAUAAGAACAGAACAGACCCAGUCAUGUACCUCUUCCCAGUUUCUCUAAGUAAACGAGGUGGGUGGGGUAUGUCGGCUCGGCCACGGCCCCUUAGCCUCAUUGCAGACGGGUGCCUGCUGGGUGCGCUGGGCUUGGCGCUUCUCCUCAGCCUGGCCUCCUGCCAGAAGAUGGACCUUUCCAAGCAUCCCAUGGUCACCACCAACUAUGGCAAGUUAAGGGGAAUCAAGAAAGACUUGAACAACGAGAUCCUCGGCCCUGUGGAGCAGUACCUCGGAGUGCCCUACGCCACCGCGCCCAUUGGCGACCGCCGUUUCCAGCCGCCUGAAGCCCCAGGGUCCUGGCAGGAGAUCCGCAACGCCACCCAGUUUGCCCCCGUGUGCCCUCAGAACGUGCACGGUGUGCUCCCAGAGAUUAUGCUCCCUGUGUGGUUCACGGACAACCUGGACGUGGCAGCGGGCUACAUUCAGAACCAGAGCGAAGACUGCCUCUACCUCAAUAUCUACGUGCCCACGGAGGAUGGUCCGCUCACAAAAAAACACGAUGAAUCUUCAAUGAACAAGCCUCGAGAUGAAGAUAUCCGUGACCGCAGGAAGAAGCCCGUGAUGCUGUUCAUUCACGGAGGCUCCUACAUGGAAGGCACUGGAAACAUGUUUGAUGCCAGCGUCCUGGCGGCCUACGGCAACGUCAUCGUGGUGACCAUGAACUACCGGCUUGGCGUGCUCGGCUUCCUCAGCACUGGUGACCAGUCCGCCAAGGGUAACUACGGCCUGCUGGACCAGAUCCAGGCCCUGCGCUGGCUCAAUGAGAACAUCGGCCACUUUGGCGGAGACCCAGAGAGGAUCACUAUCUUCGGCUCUGGAGCCGGGGCCUCCUGUGUCAACCUCCUCAUCCUCUCACACCACUCGGAAGGUCUGUUCCAGAGGGCGAUUGCCCAGAGUGGCACAGCCAUCUCCAGCUGGUCGGUCAACUACCAGCCCCUCAAGUACACCAAGGACCUGGCCAAGAAGGUGGGCUGCACCUACACAGAGACUGCCGACCUGGUCGACUGCCUCAGGCGCAAGAACUUCAGGGAGCUGGUAGAUCAGGACAUCCAGCCGGCCCGCUACCAUAUUGCGUUCGGCCCCGUGGUGGAUGGAGAUGUGGUGCCCGACGACCCCGAGAUCCUAAUGCAGCAGGGGGAGUUCCUCAACUAUGACAUCCUGAUAGGAGUGAACCAGGGAGAAGGGCUGAAGUUUGUGGAUGACAGCGAGGACAACGACGGCAUCUCAGCCGCAGCGUUUGACUACACCAUCUCUAACUUUGUCGAUAACCUGUAUGGAUACCCAGAGGGUAAAGACAUCCUGAGGGAGACCAUUAAGUUCAUGUACACAGACUGGGCAGACAGGGACAACGGCGACAUGCGGAGGAAGACGCUGCUCGCUCUCUUCACAGACCACCAGUGGGUGGCCCCAGCCGUGGCCACCGCCAAACUCCACGCCGAGUUCCAGUCGCCAGUUUACUUCUACACCUUCUACCACCACUGCCAGACUGAGACUCGCCCCGAAUGGGCGGACGCCGCCCACGGAGACGAGAUACCCUAUGUGUUCGGUGUGCCCAUGAUCGGUGCCACGGACCUGUUUCCAUGCAAUUUCUCCAAGAAUGACGUAAUGCUGAGUGCUGUGGUGAUGACCUACUGGACCAAUUUUGCCAAGACCGGGGAUCCUAACCUGCCGGUCCCUCAGGACACCAAGUUCAUCCACACCAAGCCCAACCGCUUUGAGGAGGUCAUCUGGACUAAGUUCAACUCAAAAGACAAGCAGUACCUCCACAUUGGCCUGAAGCCUCGUGUCAGAGACAACUACAGAGCCAAUAAGGUGGCCUUCUGGCUGGAGUUAGUGCCCCACCUCCACAGCCUGCAUGACGAGAUCCUCAGCACCAGCACCAGGCCACCAGGUCUGCCACCAGGCCCUGGCCACGGCUCACACAGACCCUGGCCUAGGACACCAAGCCCACGUACCCGUCAGCCCUACCCUACCUUCCCCUCCGAUCCAGAGCCUGAGGGCUCGGAGCGUCCGCACCAGGACCUCUUCCCUGGAGACACCCGGGACUACUCCACCGAGUUGAGUGUGACAGUUGCCGUGGGCGCAUCGCUCCUCUUCCUCAAUAUCCUGGCCUUCGCAGCACUUUACUACAAACGUGACAAGCGGCACGAGAUGCGACGCCACCGGCUGUCCCCUCAGCGGGGCGGCCCGGCCAACGACCUGGCCCAUAGCCAGGAAGAGGAGAUCAUGUCUCUGCAGAUGAAGCACUCGGAGCACGACGCUCACCAUGACAUGGAGCCCCUCCGGCCUCAUGACAUCCUGCGGCCUGCCUGCCCACCCGACUACACAUUGGCGCUGCGCCGCGCCCCCGACGACGUGCCACUGAUGACACCAAACACCAUCACCAUGAUUCCCAGUACCAUUACCGGCAUGCAGCCUCUCCAUGCCUUCAACACCUACCCCUCCACCGGCCACAACAACACCCUGCCCCACCCCCACUCCACCACCAGGGUAUAGUAGGGACUGGCCCCACACAGCACCACCGAGGGACCGGGAGGACUGGCUCUGCUACCGAUCUGGAUUAGGAGGCCUCUGGAUCUGGGCCUUUGUUCCGUUCUCUUACUCUCUUGUUUCUCCAAAAACAACUCAAGCUCCUCCGUCAUCUGCUGUCAAAGCUUAGCAGCUCCCUUCACUGGUGGUGUGUGGAGACGCAACUGAACUGCAAGGCAGCAGAUGAUCAUCUUGGGGGCGAUUUAGAUCUUUUUCAAAGACACUGUUUUCAAAGGAGGUCUAGUGUUCCUUCAAUCAGACUAAAGCCGCCUGAAAUCUGUCGAUGGGACGAAUGUCUUUCGCCCCUCUGUGUUUUCCCCCUUUUUACUUUGGUGUCAACUCUCUUUCUCUCCCUGGUGUUUUGUGUGCUUCUAGCCUUCUAUUUUCUACAUCUGCCUCUUAUCCCCGCUGUGUUCCUCUCAUUCAGCCUGUGAUUCCCUCCCUCCCUCCAAGGAUUCAUAAACUACUGAGUUGCUGGAGUCUUUUUCUUAAAGGGGGGGGCAUAGAGUACAUACAGUAAGCAUAUAACUAUGAAAACAUUGAUAUCCGAUACUGUCAUUCUACCAGCAUUCUUGGUGCCAAGUAUGUACUACUGUGUUUGUUUUCCCAUCUGGGGAAAAACUUAAGAAAAUUCUAGAGUAUUCCUAUUUACUGUCAACUAACAGAUGCUGUGUGUUCUCAUGACAAAGUGCCAAACUGGCCUCUCGUUUUUUUCCUUCUUUCAUCUUUUUUUUUCCAAGCAUUUGUUUGAUUGUUGCUUUUUGUGGAAAGAUUUUUUGCUGAAAAUAUAGAUAUAGAGAAAUGAUAUUAUAUAUAGUUAUAUAUAAAUGUGUACAAAGAAGAAAGUAUAUAAAUGGGUUUUCUCAGUGGGGAUCUAUGCAUGAAUUAUUUUUAAAGAUGAUGACGGGGCAAAGGACACUGUAUCUGUCAAUGCACGUUUCCCAACUCUAAUCAAAUCAUAUGUCUCCACUUUGGAUAUUUUGUUCGUUGUUUUUCCUCUCUGUAACUAAAACACAGAAAACCGCAAAGUCACCCAACAAGGUCUCCCCACCUCCUGCCAACCCACAUUUACAAAAACAAAUCAUUGCCACACAUCUAAGAACGUCUUGGGGUGAAAGCAACAACUGUGAACAUGAUUUCAAAUCCUCAUCUCUCCAUCCUCGCCUCUCCCUCAUGACAUUGUUCAGAGGUACUGCAACAAGCGGUUGGCACAGCGGGCCAGCUGUCUGUCCUACAGUAGCUACUCUCUCUUUCCAUCUAUAACAGGAUGGUGGGUUUUUAGGGUACGUGAAGUACCAAACUCGUCAUUGUAGCUUGCCUGUGCAGAAUUAUUUUUGUAUUUCAGUCAGGGUGAAGAACAAGGAAAAGACAGGCAGCUUCUCCUCUUUUACUCAGACUCUGCUACUCCCUUACUCUCACACUGUCUGCGCCCCUAUUUCCAGCACAUGCAUAUUCUGUUUGAUGUGUGUGUGUGUGUGUGUGUGUGUGUCUGUGUGUGUGUGUGUGUGUGUGCGAUUUCAUGCACGUACGUGAGGCAAGCAUGUCAGCGUUGCUUCAUAUGGGCAUAGGUGGGCCUAAUUAGUGAGCAAAGAAAUAGAGGCAGACAGACAGCAUCACCCCGGUGGUGUAAACUCAGACUCCAAAAUGAGCUUCUUCCAGCUGUACACCCAAACACCCCCCCUCCUAAUUCACAUCACUUACCCGUCCUCCUCCCCAGCACCACUAAUAAACUAGCAUUGUAUCGUAGACCAUAUCAUCAGGAUUGCCCGUAAAUCUCCUGCCGUGACUAAACUCCAAACCUUGUAUCUUCACUGUGUCACCAUCCAUUCUACACAAUCUCUGACCUCAGCUCAGCUCUGCUAAAAUCCUCACAUUAAAGGGUCAACUUGUCGGUUGUAAAUUAAACUCUAAGCACACUGAGGGCAACCGGUGGGCUUUCGCAGCCAGUCGGCGCAGAGCCAGAAGAUGAAAAGGAGACGUGGAUCUCCUAAAACAGGGUAGUAGCAGCAUGGUUGACAACUGCUGUUUUUAACUCUGCUCUUUUCUUUUGAGUAUGUGCAGGCUCCAGCGCAGCAACGCCCCUUUUUGAUUCCCUGCUAAGGAGAGCAAACGUGGAUCGUGGGUAACGCGUUGGUUAAUAUGUUCAUUGAUCAACCCCUUCCGAACUGUUGUUGAGCCCACAGCAACAAGUGGUAGCCUCCAUCCAGUAGGGGAGAAGUUAGUGAACGGUGCCGUCUUUGCUUGUGUUCUAGCUUUAGCCUGUUUGAUUGUUUGUUUUCUAUUUUAUUACUGCCUGAAGGGGUGGUGGGGAAGGGCUGGAAUGGGAGAGAUAAAGCUGGCUGCCUCUGUCAGACAUUUUGUAAGCCCACUGAAAGGAAAAUGUGCACAAUGUAUAACACAAAAACAACUGACUGUCUUGUGGUGGGAAAGGUUGCUGCUGGUGACAGAAUGAAAGAGCACCUACUUCAGGAGUGGAUCAAUGGAUGGACGAUACAGUGGUAGAGCAGAAAAAGGUGUACAUUGUGGAAGAGAGACUUUGGGAAGAGACUCACAGCCUUAAACAUAGAAUUGAAAUCAAAAGGGGGAAUGGACCGGCCACUAGCAAACUUGGACUUUCAGAGGGCAUGGCUAUCUUGUUGUCCACAAUGUCAGCCACGAGUCUGCCCCGCUAGUCUGUCCCAAGGGUCUGUUAUGUCCUGUCAGAUCCCUACGAACCCUUUUAUACUCUCUCCUGUGAAGAAGAAGGCAGUGGGAGGCUGUGCAGGAAACUCCACCACAACACAACUACAGUGGUACCUGUGGAGGAGAAAACAGCAACACAAGGUGUUUAGUUUGGUCUGUUCGUUUCCCUGUCUAUUUUAUAAGCUAACACUAGAGGGCGCCAUAGUGACAGAUUCACUGUAGCCUGCCCAUUCUGAGGAUCCUGGAUCUGUGAAGGAAACCCACACUAGGUGGUAGGAGAGAGACAUUCAACAUCCAGAAGGAGAUCAAAACUGUACAUUUUUAAGUGUAAGAAACAAACAGACAAAAUAUUUGUAAAUAUUAAGUUUCUUUCUUUCUUUUUUUGAGUGAAUGAAUGAAAUACUUACUUUGUGACAACAGAAGACAACAGGUGCAGUUUGCAAAAAUGACCACCAGCUCGGUUUGAGUUUGACCCCCAGCAGAGGGUAAAUUAACUUCAUGUACCACUGAACUCCUUUCAUGUGAUUUCAAAGUUCCUCCUCUUCAUUUCUUUAGUCCGUCUUGGUCCAAAGUUGCCCAUCAUUGUGUGGGCGUCCUGUAGCAUCAUGAUUCCUCACCAGGAACAGCAGUCACCGUAGCAGAGCUCCUCCUCCAUCCCAGCUCCGACAUGACAUGACACAUAUAGCUACAUAAUGCCACAAUGGCAAAACUAGUUCCCAACGUAUUCACAGUUUCAAAACCGCCUGCUUGGUUCAAGUUGCCUUAAAGGUGAUGUUUCAUUGCUGGCUCUGGGCUACUCCACACACCUUAGAGCAAACGCACUACCAGUGUUUUCUCUUUUGAAAUGUUUUGUUAUUUAACUGUACUACUUAUGUGUCUGUGAUGCAUGAUCUGUGCCACUGGAGUCCACGGCCUGUAUUUAUGGAAACAUCUCAGACAGUAAGAGCACUGAUCAACAGCCAGUUCUGCCUUUCAUCAGCAUGUAAUUAAUGCAGCAGUGGAGGGAACUGGACAGUGAUUCAUAGUCAGCACUUCUAAACUGAGACCCGGAAUCCAAAUACAGUCAGUUAAAUGUUUGCUGUGUUGACGUGUAGCAGUGUUUACAUGUAGCCACUUGGUCACAUGUGGGAAUAACCUGAGGCCUUUGAUAACAUAAGAUGCCUCAUGUCCUCGUCCUAGAAUGAGAUCCCACAGGUGAGCCAACUUUUCCCCUCCAGGCACUGUGUUGCACUGUGGUUAUGAAGGUUCUGGUCUGAAGACGUGAUGUGAAGUAGCACCACAGGGCAGCAGGUCCUACCCAGCAGAGACUGAGAGUCCUGUGCACCUCCAGACUCUGAGCAUGUGUUUGCGUUGUUUGAGAGCAAAUCUGACUGGAUGUACAUGCAUUCUGGAGGUCAUAAAUUAACGUGUUGAAGCUUUAAGCUCUCAUUCUUAUUUCAAGACAACUCAAGACUGCCACAACAUCCAUGUUGAUUUGUUUUUCUCUUUUAUGUGCAAUUAUUUAGAGGUAAGCCUGUUCUUUAAAAGAAACGUGAUCAGUGGUAUGUUACGUUCAAUUCAAUCUGAUCCAAGUUUGCUCCGUGCAAAGCAGAGGGAUCAUUUAGAGAUCCUGCGUCUGGACAAAGGUAUAGUGAAGAACAUCAUGAACACAGCGGAUGGCAAAAACACACAGACUCACUCACACACCUUCAGCUGGAUGUCUGCUGGGCCUUCAUAGCGAAGUUGCACCUGUUGUCUUGUUUUUACAUUCUUUGUUGAAUUGAGAAACCCAAGACUUGACAUGAAGAAAAAUGUUGAAUAAAGGAGUUUUAAAAAAAAAAAAGAUGAUUAUUAAAAAAAAGUAAAGUAAAACUAUAUAAAUAAAUAAGGUGAUGAUAUUUCUGUUUACUUUAGAAGUUAUUACACACUGUAUGCUGUGAUUCUGAUCUGGGAAACAUUAAAGACAUUCAUAGCCAG